GAGUUUGCAAGCGUGCGACCUGGCGCUUGGGAAGCGUGCUUGCUGCAGGCUGGAGGAUUUGAUGGGCUUUUAAUUUAUUUAAUUUUUUAAGAAGGGAGUGGGUGACAAGCAAAGGAGCUGUUAUUUCCUGGAUUUGUUUUGUUUGUGUUUUGGACGUCUUGCAACACUUGUUUGUAUAGCUAGCCGUGAUUAAUGAAUGAACGAAAUUCCGUGAUCGCGCAGCAGCACCUGUAAGGGGAUGAGAUAGGCAUUCUCUAAUACGGUAGGAAAAAAGGAGGUGGUGAAGGAGUGGUGCGGUGCAGAACAGUGAGGAUUUGCGGAGAGAGACGACAGUUGGACGGGCUCCCCAGCCCUUGACGCUGCACCAAAAAUCCAGGCUGCAUGACCAUCGCAAAGAUGUCAUGGUACCCUCAGUAUCGGAGUUCAAAAUUCCGCCACGUUUAUGGCAAGGCUGCAAGCAAAGAGAACUGCUAUGACUGUGUGCCUAUCACCCGGAGCGUCCACGACAACCACUUCUGUGCUGUGAACCCACAUUUCAUUGCUGUUGUGACCGAAUGUGCAGGUGGAGGAGCCUUUCUUGUUAUACCAGUAAAUCAAACAGGAAAACUUGACCCGCAUUACCCUCGCAUCUGUGGGCACAAAGGGAAUGUUUUAGACAUUAAGUGGAAUCCUUUUGAUGACUUUGUAAUAGCUUCGUGCUCUGAAGACACCACUGUUAAAAUAUGGAACGUUCCUCCAUACUUACUAACAAAAAGCAUAACAGAAGCGCAGAAGGAGCUUCUCGGUCAUGCGCGAAGGGUAGGGCUCAUCGAAUGGCACCCAACAGCGAGUAAUAUCCUUUUCAGCACCGGUUACGAUUACAAAAUCAUGAUCUGGAACCUUGACACCAAAGAGUCUGUCAUUCAGAACCCGGUGAAGACAAUCAACUUCCAUACGGACGUGAUUCUCUCCAUGUCAUUCAACACUGACGGGAGCCUGUUAGCCACAGCCUGCAGGGACAGGAAAAUAAGGGUCAUCGACCCACGAGCAGGAACUCUCUUACAGGAAGCAAACAACAAGUCUCACAGAGUGAAUAAAGUUUUGUUUCUAGGAAACAUGAAAAGGCUGCUCUCCACGGGGACUUCCAGGUGGAAUAACAGGCAAAUUGCACUGUGGGAUCAGAAUGACCUUUCUGUGCCUUUACUAGAGGAGGAUGUGGACGGCUCAUCAGGUCUCUUGUUUCCUUUCUAUGACUCAGACACACACGUGCUGUAUGUGUUGGGCAAGGGCGAUGGGAACAUCAGGUACUACGAGAUAAGUCUGGAGAAGCCCUACCUCAAUUACCUGAUGGAGUACCGCUCCUCUUUGCCCCAGAAAGGAAUCGGUAUCAUGCCAAAGAGGGGUCUGGACGUCUCUGCCUGUGAGAUCUUCCGAUUCUACAAACUGAUACCAGUCAAAAGCCUGGUUGAGCCAGUGUCUAUGAUCGUGCCACGGCGGUCUGAAUCAUACCAGGAAGACAUCUAUCCGAUGACAGCUGGAGCCCAGCCAGCCCUGACAGCACAAGAAUGGCUGAGUGGCGCCAAUAAAGGCCCCGUCUUGAUGUCUCUGAGACCGGGCUCUGUCAUCUUGAACUCUUUGCCACCACUUUCUGUGAAGGAGGCCACACUGGAGGCAAUGGAACCUGUCCAAUACCGGGGCAAGAUGGCAGAUGUCAUGGAAAAGCCAAGCAGAAUCCAAGAGAAAUGGGGCUGCUGGCAGGCUGAGGAAAGAGGACCGCAAGACAAGCAGAUAGGGCUGUUGAACGGCUUUGAUGUUUUUGAGUGCCCUCCGCCCAAAACAGAAAAUGAGCUGCUGCAGAUGUUUUACCGACAGCAGGAAGAAAUCCGGAGGCUCCGUGAAUUGCUGAUUCAGCGGGAUGUCCAGAUCAAACAGCUGGAGCUGGAGAUCAAAAACCUUCACAUGGAUUCAGGCAGGUUCUGACGGGACAUACCUUGGCAGCCUCUCAGAGGCAGCUCAGACUCCAGGACAAUGGUUGCCUCAACUUCUUAAAUGUGGAAAGGUUUUGGAUUAGGAGAAGAACUUGAGAUUUAUAGGCAACUAAUUGCAUGCCUCAAGUGCCCGUAUCUGGAAGCUGGAGGCUGCUGGGAUUCUUACCAGCGCUUUGCUCACCAGCCAUCUUCUUCAAAAGAACUGGUUUAAAAGUGGCCCCAAGUUCACUCUGUGAGUUAAGAGGUCUCAGGGUGAAGCCAGAUGCUCCAGCAGUCUCCCUGUGCCUGCGCAUGCCCUGGUAUUUCAUUGAGGAACAGGGAGAGCAACCUUCAAGCCCACUGUGCUCCUCUGUGCUUGGCCAUGUGACGGCUUUGACUAUGACAGGCUGCCCAGCAAUGAACUGUUGGAACAUGAAGAUGAAGGCUGCUUGGAGUGGCUCAGGACUCUUCCCUGUUCCUCUGCAGAGCUGAACGGAUGCAGGAUGAGUCUACAUUGAAUGACUUUUGUCUCUCGUUUGGUCAAGGAGUGUGGGUGGGGGGGACAUGCUUAAGCCAUCUGCUUCCCUUAGCUUUAUAGAUCUUCCUUUGCAAAUAUGGUUGUGCUCAAGUGGUAAAGGAACAAAGAAAGUGGGGUCUAUAAUCGGAGAAUGCAAGUCAGGAAUGCUGUUUUUUUUUUUAAAAAAAGGAACUCAUAUCAAAAGCCAAGCUUUUGUAAGCGAUGUUUAGUUGUUGAGCGUGGAGAGGGCACCCCAGUAUUGCUGAAAUGGAGCAUGUCAUAACCAGAGAUCUGUAGUUGUGGUCUAUAUACAGUCAUCGUCCAACUUCACCCAUAAUCUUAUCCCAGGAUCACAUCAUGCCUUAAGCGAACAGUAGAGACUGGUGACCAGUUCUCUGAACUAGCUUCCUUUCAAUUGGCUCCAACUCAAUCUCCCACUGGUUCGUCGUCUUUCAUCAGUUUGCUGCUGAAUGUUGUACCAGAACCAGUGUCGGCCAUUGCAGUGCAGGGUCGAAAAAAAAAAAGUCCAGAUACUGAUUUCCAGUUCGUCUUAAAACAUGUUCCAUGUUUCUUUCAUCCAGUUUAGAGCCUUAGUAUGUGAUUGUUCGUCCAGUAUUGCAAAAUCACAGUGCUCUUCUUUCAAAUUGUUUUCUGCUUUGAUGCCUCUGACCAAUGCUUUGCCUCAUCUUCCAUGGCCUGAUACUUACGCGAACCUAUGCAAAGCUCUGCCAUCCAGGUAGCUGUCCUUGCUGAUCUCAGGGCUGACCACCUGUAAUGUCCAAAGAUUGUGAGGCCCUGGGGGUAGGGGAAUGUAUCUCCUGGGGGAUAUACUAUGCUUUAGAGCAUUUUACCCUGAUCAAAAGGGCUGGAAAUAAUAUAUAAAAACAGUUAGGCUUCUGUGAUAUCAGGAGCUGGGGCUUGAAGAAACACAGCAGCACUGCACAUAAUAAAAUUGCAAAAUCCAACUGGCCUGCAGGGUUUGAACUAACCCAAGAUUUGUUCAGGGGAGAGAGCGAGCAAGAGUGAGAAUGAAAAGCUAGGGAGUUAGAAGCAACCAGAGGACUAAAUUGCAAACAAGCAGGUUGCAGCCUAAAAUAUUUAAUACAGGGUUGUUUAUGGGGAUUGCACUCCCCAUCUAGUCAGUCACUGAAAUGCCUCUGAUGGAAGAGGAAGGAAGCAGGGCUGGGGUACAGUACUAGUGUUCUAUCUUGAACUAAAUAUUUCCCUUUCAUUCACUUUCAUCCAAGUCUCUCAGAAAGACCAGUAAUUUCCAGUGCUAAAAUCACUCCCAAGAGCCUGCUUUCAGUUGCAGCACUCCCCAGUGGCUUGAUAAAAUUGUGCCCAGGCAUGCCUGUCUCCAGAUUCUUUUUCUACCCUUAUUACCCCUCAUUAGAUCUGCCAGUGCUUGUUGCUGGAAGAAUACCUCUCAUAGCCAAACUAUACAUGCAGCAGAAAACAAGUGGCUCAGUUUUCCCUGGAUUGCACUAUUCAUGCUACAGUGUGUGUGUCUUGAACGGUCCCCUAAUUUUGGAGGGGUAGGGAGGCCUUCCCUGUAUCUAUAAAGCUUUCCUGUCAGGGAGGAAGAUUCUGUAUACAGAGCAUUCAGAUAUGCUAUAACACACCAGUCUGAAAUGGUACAAGCCAAGAAAGCAUUUUGCUUGUGGCUUUGUUACUCUGGUGUUCAGAACAGUACAGGAGGCAUCAUGGAACCCAUUGGAAAUGCUGAACCAUAUUUGGAUACCAAACUUUUACACUUAAACUGACCUCUGAAUAUUAAGAGUAUUUUAUUUCCAUUGCUCGUGGAAUUUUAGCCAACCCUUUUUAAAAGCGGCUGUUUUUACACAUUUAUCCAGAUUACCAUGAUGAUUAAGAACUUACAGUAGUCACACUGGCCAUCCAGUGGCCAGUCUACUCUAGAUCAAGUUGUCUACCAAAUGUGGCCAGUCGGUAUGUUCACAGUCAAAGCAUAAUUGCAAUAUCCAUCCUCUGUUGCUAAUCUCAGAGAUUUUCUCCCCCUUAAGUAAUGAAUUUUAGCUAGCUCGCUUUAACCAUUUGUCUCAGCCUAACAGUAUGAGAGUGCUGCAGCCCUUUUGCUGUUUAACAAGGGAAACUGAUUGUAGGCUGCUGUUCCCUGUCACAAACAACUGCUGAGCAGGAGUCCAGCUUUUAUUUUUAACAAAUUGUGCACUCAUAGGGAUGGGACUAGUGAAUUGUCCAUGCAGCAUCUGUUUGCACAACUAAGGAUAUGUGUGCAGAUGGCUCUCUGGAUUGAGAAAAAUGACAACCUGAGUAAUAUCCUAUAUUAGUCAUGCUCAGAGUAAACCCAUGGUCAUCAAUUGACUAAAGUCCAUUAAUUUGUUGUUUACUUUGCAUAUGGCUAAUGUUGGGUAUCUCCCCUUGCAAUUAGUGAGAUUAUUAUCUUUUCUUGUUUACAUGCAGAAUAAAUUAUUUAAAAGUUUUUUUCAGCAAAGGCAAAGGGAAAAUACGUUUUAAAAUUCAUUUUACAAGUGUACUUUUGAAUAAAUGUUUGCUUGUUUUUAUGCAUCUUAUCUGAUCAGCAGGCAAAAGUUAGCCAUUUAUCAAGGGGAUUCAUUAAUCCCAAAUCUACUUGAAAAAAAUAUUUACUGCAUUUUGUUUACCGGUAACCUUUCAGCAAACAAAGGGGAUCAAAUCAACACUUGAAAAUUAUUUUUCAAAAUAUCACUUUUCUGUUAUAUGUAAAUUUUUGAAAGAGUACAUUUCAUAGCAGAGUUUUACUCGUGUGUUUUCUGGAGGGGAGAGGAAUGAAAAGAAAAUAUACAGUAAUAACUGGGUACGCUUUAUUAAACAGUGCCUAACUAUAUGUAAGGAUGAAUUAUUGACAGUAUUCCUGUUUUUUUGUUCUUUUCAUUUAAAAGGAAGUAAAUCAUUCAGAAAAGAGAGGGGGGCAUAACUGAAAGAUAUUUGACUGGCAAGGAUUGUACUUUAUAUAUAAACAUGAUUGGUUCCAGUGGGAAAGUGGAUCAAUGGGAGUGAAGCAUAUACUUAAAUCAAAAUAAAUGGCAUCCAAAUGUAUCAUCCUGAUCUAGUUAAGACCUCAUGCCAGCCAUGCAACUAAGUCCACAAAACGUACUAGCCUAGAACCAUUUUUACUAGCGCUACUGACCAAGCCUAUCAAGUGAAAGUAAUCUGUGGCCCAUCAACAAAAUGUCGACACAUUUGUUCCUCUUAUGACUGGCAAAAUGCCUGCCCAUGUAGCCACAGCAGGAUGGGGAAUCAUAUGUACAGAUGGCUUUACAUGUAUCAUUUCCCACCCACUUAGGCUGGAAUCCCACCAACUGCCUAUUUGGGAAGAAGAGUAGGGAAGGCUGGAUUCCAUCUCUCCCCACCACCACCCCAGCUGACACAAGAUUGCAGUGCUUUUUUUUUAAGGAGUUCUCUUCUAUGCAUACCCCCCCCCCAAAAAAUCUUUGGCUAGAUUGUGUCCACAUGCUUAAAAAAAUGCAAGGGAAAAAUACAAUUCCGUAAGUAAUAGUUUUCUGCUUACGUGCACCUUUUGCCUUAAAUUCCUUUGCAGGCACCCAACUUAUAAAUUCUUGUGCAUAUAUAUGAUCUUCUAGAAGUCUGGUCACUAGAUUCUGUGGUCUACUCUAACCAAGGGGUGCUGUUGUAAUUCCAUGGGAGCAGUGUGGCGCUGGGCACAGAAUUCAGCUUCCUGAGAAGCUCUCCUUUCAAUUAAAAGCAAAAGAAGCAUGUUACUAGGCCUUAUGUCUGCAGACUAUGUUUUUAAACUAUAAGGGUAAUGCCUACAGAAAUCCCAUCUAAAUAAGAUUUCUAAUAGCAAUAGGUGAAGUUUCAGUGUUCUGCAAAAAGCUCCUUCCCGUUCCCCAUGACUUGCAAAGGCAAAAUGAUUUACACCAAACUGCAUACAUCUGCAUACUUUAUGCAUGUUACAAAACGCAGCUUUUGGAAAAUUUGAUUUUCAGCAGACACAAUCCUUGGCAAAGUAAUCUCAGUCCCUUAUGUACUGCUACUGUUUGUUGCUUCCAACAAGCAUAUAAAAAUGAACAUUAACUCCAAAUAAAGGUAUUUCCUGGUUUUUAUUUUUGUGUCUUAGCUACUGGAUCCUUUUUAACUCUCUUGAUACUAACUUCAGAAAAGAUUAUUUCCAACCACAGGCUAGAGCUUCCAACUUACUUAAGCUGCAUUAAGAAGGAAUUGCUAUAUAGUGGAAGAAUGUGAAAGAUCCAUCUUGGAACGAAGCAAAGGUGGAGGGCCAAAUCCAAUGUCUAUGCAUGGGCAGAGCAGCUGUCCACUUGCACAAUGUGACUUCCCCACUUCUUUUCCUAUCACUUUCAGCUCCCCAAACAUGUUCUGGAGCAUUGGGGGACCCUCAGGCAGAUUUGGAGAGGCAUGGGGAGCUACAGGUGAGAUGAG